CGGCCCCAGGUCUACGGCACCUUCUACGCUGUGGGCGGUGUCAUGGUGAUCGGGGGUGUCAUCUGGAGCAUGUGCCAGUGCUACCCCAAGUGUCCUAAGCAGAGGUCACCGGGAGAAGAGGGCCCUGGGGCCCGAGCCGCCCACAUCACCACCACCUCCAUCGUCAUCCUCCUCCCGGUGAGGAGGCUGGACCCUGGGGGACAGCAAGCCUCUGUCCGUGCCAAGAAACACAUGAACUGUUUCCCACUCACUCACCAGAUGCGGAUGAAGGGCCUACUCCGGGUCGGGCAUGUGCUGGGCACUGGAUGAGGACCCCUGGAAAUGACAAGAUAUGACUUCCCCCAGGGCAGGGGUGUUCGUCUCAUUCACUCAUUGCUGCCCCCUAGUGCCUAGAGGAGUGCCUGGCACACAGCUGAUGCUCAAUGAGCGCUGGGUGAAUGAAGAGCCAGCGGGAGCAGGAGCCCAGAGGUCCAGCCAGCCACAGGUGCUGGGCCCUGAGCAGGCACCCUCCUGUCAAACGGGGUGGCCUCCCUUGUCAGGCCUCUCUCCUAGGAUCACCUUCGUACCCGCUGACUCUGACUUCCAAGGCAUCCUGUCACCGAAGGCGCUGGGCCUGCUGGAAAACGGGCUCACUGCUGAGAUGAAGAGCCCCCGGACCUCCUAUGUCAGGCUGUGGGAGGAAGCCGCCUAUGACCAGAGCCUGCCGGACUUCAGCCACGUGCAGAUGAAGGUCAUGGGCUACAGCGAAGACCCCCACCCCAUCCUGGCUCCUAAGCCGGGACGGCCACAGCCAGGAGCCAGCGAUGGAGGAGAAGGUGGCCCUCGCGACCCUCAGGGCCUGUUGGAAGCCGCCGUGGUCAUCCACAGGGGCUCAGACCAGGACGAGGGAGAAAGAGACCCAAGUCAGGGCAGGCCCAGCCCCCCGACCUGUCCCCAGGGCCCUGCACCCUUGGCUUCCUUCCAAGAUGACCUGGACGUGGGCUCCAGUGAGGGCAGCAGCCCCAACCUGGCACCAUCUGAGGGGGCGGAGCCCCGGCCUGCACCCCCGGAGCCCCAGGCUUGCAGGUGCCGGCUGGACCGCUUCCAUGACUUUGCCCUGAUUGAUGCCCCAGCAUUGGAAGAUGUGCCUCCAGAGAAGCAGCUACAGGUGGCAGCCCUGCCCAGGUCCUGGCAGAGACCCCCGAGGACAAAGUGGGAGGAAGAGGAGGCUUCGGACGCAGGUACAGAGGAGCCGGAGCAGGAAGAGGAAGACUUGUACUACGGGCUUCCCGACAGCCCUGGGGACCCCCUUCCGGACAAGGAACUGGGCUUUGAGCCUGACGCCCAGGGCUGACAUGGAACUGCUCCCUGGGUUCUAGCCCAGCUCCGGGGCUAACCCCGAUGUGACCACACAGGAUUUCAGUUUCACUACCUGCAAAAUGGGGUUAGAUGGAGGUUCACAGGAGACAGUGGACCCGAGAGCAUUUUGAGAACUGCACAGAAAUGCACAGGGAGGAGAUGAUUACAUUACUGGGCCAUUGCUGUUCCGAUUAUUAAUACUUUUUGUAAAGCUUUGAAGGUAAAAUAUGAUUAGUUGAGAAGAUCUGCAGCAGCCAGGGCCCUCAAGAGCCCUUUCUGCCUCCCCCCAGAGCUGGCCUCUGAGCAGGAACCCUCCUGGGUGCUACCCCCGUGUCCCCAAUCCUCUGUGAGGGCCUCUCAGGGUUCUUGUUCCUGUUGCGUCUUUUAGUGCAGCCGGGGGAUGGCAUGAUUCGUCUUCACUCAGCGCUAACGUCCCCGGCCCGCAUCCCUCCUGUGGCUCCUGUAGCUCUGGGAUCCAACAUCUUCCAUGAGUGACCUCUGCUGACCUCCCAGCUUUCUCCCUGGUCAGCCCCACCCCACACUCACCCUGCUGCCCCAUGCCCUUGCCAAGCUGUCUCCUCUGCCCGGAUGCCCUUUGUCCCUUGUCUGUCUGGCAAAUUCAGGCUCAUCCUUCAAACCUCUGCACAGACAUCCCUCUUCUGAAAGCUUUUCCUGAUGUCACCGCUUCUGGGCCGAGUUAGUCCUGGCUCCCGUGUGCCACCUCUGGGCCGUCUCUGGGUCUUGCGCAUUUAUCAUGGAGCAUGGCUGCCUGCUCAAGGUCAGCACCUUUGCUUUACUCACCUCGGUCUCUCCUGUGCCCAGCUGGUGGUCACUGAGCAUGUACAGAAGUGACCAGAACCCACGAGCCUUUUGCAGGGAAUGCUGUCUUCCCCACUUCCCUGAGUCUCAGACUCCUGACUUAACUAACUUGGUUCAGGUGGCAUUUACUGAGCAUCUACUGUGUGCCAGACGCUAAGCUGGGAUCUUUAGGAGGAAAGAGACACAAACUGAUGACAGUUCUCACCCUCGAAGGGCUCCCAGUCCACUGAGCCUGGUGUCUUGUAAGUUAGCACAGAGUGCAGAGCACAAACUGAGGCGGGAACAGAGGAGUUAAAAAUUGUCACACCAGAGGCAGCAGAGUGACACCCACACAACCGUUGGGGCCAUCGAGCGCAGGGACAAAUAGCUCCAGCUGCCUGAGCAGCCCCUGGAGAUAUCACCGUAUGGUAGCAUCACCGAGUGACGCUUUUCUUAGGCUGAUCUCUGCAAAGCCCCUCUGCGCCCCAUCAAAGGGAUGGUGGCACUACCUCAUCCUACGUCCCCACGUUCAGAGCUUGCAGCCUGGGCCUCCUGAGAGGGCUGGCCUUCACCUGGGCUGGGCCUCUGGGUCAGGGUUGGGUUCACGGCCAAGGGAAGGGCACGCCCCUAGGACCCCGUCCCUCUCCUUUCUGGGUCAUUGCUACCUCCCGUAGGAAAGCCUCUGCUGUAACAGAUGAUCCUGCUCACGGCCCGUUCCUGCUCUCUGCUCACUCACGCAGGGAAGGGGUGACCGCAUCAGAAAGAACACCAGUGUGAAAGGCUAAAAUGAAAAAGUUUUCAGUGUUUAGAGUGGUCACCUUCAUUCACCUGCAAAUUCUUUUAUGGGAACCCCUCCCAUACCCCCAGUCCCCCUCUGGGCAGGAUAAACGAGGCAUCAUUGAGGGAACUCUCUGGAAAGCCAACACCAAACACGGUGGCGUGGCCGGCUGGGACAGCUGUGUGCGUGGAAACCUGGGUGUGGCCCACGCCCAGGCAUCACACUGCAGGGCACCCCCAGACCUCAGCGGAGAACCAGGAGUCUCUGGUUGCCAGGCCCGUCCACGGAGGGAACCCUGUCCCUGGGAGGGCACAGGGACACAGAUGGCUGGGCCGGGCUUCGACCCCCGUCCGGCUCCCCCGCUUUCUUGCUGCUUGAUUGGGAGACCACUCGCCUGGCCUGCCCGGGAAAGUCCUGGUUUAGGCCCACUGUCCCUGCCUAGUUAGCAGUAGUGCGUCCUUUCACCCUCGAAAGUAUCCCCUUGGGACGAUAAACUACAUAUUCACCCUACUCUGUGACCUUGGGCUUGGACCUCACUUUCCUCACCUGUGAGAGGGAGGUGACGGAUCCUGGGCUUUGCCUUUUGCAGGGUUAGGUGGUGGUGGCGAUGGCGGGGGGCCGGGGGGGGAUUUGAUGAGAUCCAUCUGCUGGCGCCCUGCAGGUGAGGACCACCAGGAGCUUGCCUGUGGUUAAUAGUUGGGUUUGUGGCUCAUUGCAGUGAGGGGAGAAACCCCAUGGGAUCUAUGAGGCGUCUCUGUAAGAGGGUGUGAGAAAGGACUUAUAUGGGAUUUGGGCUUGUGUGAGGUGACUUGGGGGAGGGUCUGAGGAAGAGGGCUCCAGAUUGGAUGCUGUUGGGAAGCAGGGCUAAUCCGUGGUGGGGCAUCUUAAUCAGUCCUAUGUAGGAGACCAAGCUAAGGAUGCAAAUGGCAAAGAAGCAGCAGUCAUGCUCCAGCCAGGAGAGGGUUGUGUGGUCACUGACGUAAUUUGGACAAUGCUCUUGGUUGCUAUGCUCAGCCGUAGCUACCGGUGGUCUGGAUUUGUCUUGACCCAUCAUGGUCACAGAGUGCCUUGUCUGAUGCUGAUAUUCUGUGAAAUUGUUCGACUUCAUCAGAAGACCACCGGGGCUCAGCUGUGAGGGGCAGGCCGGCCCCUGGCUGUCAGGCUGCCCUUCUUUCUCAGCCUCCCUGCUCCUCUGGGGCCUGCUGGUGACUGUGGGGUCACACAGUUGGGGGACAGAAUGUGCUGUGGAUUUCAUUUGAAAAGAAGAGUCUGCGGCUGCUCUUCUGUUCAGCUCCAACCACCCCAAUUCUCUGAUUUGCCACCUCCAUUGUGCUCUGUUCCCUUGACCUUGCCAACUUUCAGUCCUCUAAGAACAUGGGCCCCUGGGAUGGCCCCUCUCUUCAUGCAGGUCCCCGGGGGCAGGGGCGGUGCCGAAAGGGCCUGGUGGAAUGGCCUUGGCAAACCCUGGGAUUCCAGCUCUCAGCCCCAGGCUCCAGAUUGGUGUACCAUGGCAGAAAUUCCUGUUCUUUCCACCCUCCCGUCAGGUCAGAGGGACUUUGGGAAGUUUCCACUCUCUGGGGAGGGAUGGCCCCUGCCCUUUACUGGGAAAGAGUGAUCCUGGGGGCAGUGAGCGUGGGCUCUGUGAUUGCUUGCUGUGACCUUGGGCAUGUGGUGACCCUCCCUGGACUUCUGUCCCUGUUCUCUAUACGAUUAGAGGGAGGUAGACAAGAUUCCACUUCUACUCCUGGUCCUUAAGCACGGUGCUGGUCACCCUCACACCGAUUACCCCAUUUAGUCCUCUCAACAGCCCUAGGGGACAGGUCCGUCGACUCCACAUUGCAAAUGUUUGCUCUAAAUCCCAGACUUUGGAGUCAGAGAGACUUGGGUUUGCACUCAGCCUCUGCCAGUUCCUUGCUGUGUGACCUUGGACAAGUCACUGCCCCUCUCUGAGCCUCAACAUCAACAUUUAUGCAGUGGGAAGGAUAAUACCUGCCUCUCAGGAUGUCAUGAAGAACUAAUGAGUUGAUGCUUCCAACACAUCAUAGGUGCUUGAACAGCGUCUGUGUCCUUCCUUCCCUCUCCGGGUCUCAGAUCCUCACCUGCACAGUGGGGAUUAACUCUGUCCGCCUUAUAAAUGCUACAGUGGGUGAGUGGAUUCACCAGGGAGAAGAUGCGUGUGAAAACUCUUUGCAAAGGGUGCAGAACAUCUAUGGUGUGCCAGGCACUCAGGGGCAGAGGAGCUGACAGCAAGCGACAGGUAACUAAGAAGGAGCAGGAUUACUUGUGCCUGGGCAGACGAAGAAGCAAACAAAGUUACAGAGCAUCUGCUAAGUAUCAGGUGCUCCCUGAAUGGAGGCCUCCCACCAGCCCUGAGAGAUGGGCAUCCCAGGGCCUGGGCUGGGAUUCCAGCAUGGGCCCUGGAGCCUGUGCUCUUCCUCCAAUGCCACCUGGUCCACACACGUAGCAAGACCCAUAAUCACCUACUAUGCUGUGCUCACCUGCACAUUUCUCAUUUCACCCUCAAAAUCUGCAAGGUUGGCGUGCGUCCCCGCGUUACAGAUGAGGAAAUGGAGGCUCUGAGAGGUUGAAUAAUUUGCCCAUCCUCCCAGAGAAGGGCUAAAUGGGGAAGAAGAGAUGAAGCUGUAGGGCCUUCCAUUUCUGGCAGGAUUCGUCCAGUAGUCCCAGGUGAUUCCGACCCUAGUGAGGACAGGAGAAAGACACACUUCAAUAAUUCAGGUAGCAAGGUUGCACUAAGCAUCUACCUGUGUCUUUCCCUGUGCUGGUGCUCAGGGCGGACACACGCCUGCUCUCACAACUUCCAUGACUCCCUAUUUCCCACAGGAUAAGCCCAGACUCCUCAGCCUGGAGUUUGAGGUUCUUUUCAGCCGAUUUGUCCACCACUUCCUCCAGUGCCAUAACCGCUGGAAACUUGACCCUUGACCCCAUCUGCUUAAUGCCCUUCCUCCCCUUCUCUAUCAUCCCUCAAGGCUCAAAUUCCACCUGUUCCCUGGAGCCUGAACUGGCCUUGCUCUCCCUCCUGGGGCAGAACCCAUCCGCAUCCCACCCUUUCCUCUGUGUCCUUCCCAAAGGGCGUGCACUGCUCUGGUCCCAGCGCUGCUUACGUGACUGUGUGUGGGCUGGUCUCCUCGCCUGGACUGGGAUGUCCUUCAAGGACAGGGGCCUCUAUCCCCCCAUUUCUCUAUCCCCAGGACUUAGCAAAAGCACGUGGCAAUAGUGCUGGUGGAAGAGGAUGGAACUGACCCAAAUUGAACUGAAACACAUGGCCACCCUGAAGGCUCGUGGCCCCGUUGCACAGACCACAUAGCACAGGGAUGAAGAGCUCUGGCUUUGGCAUAACCAGUCCUGAGUUUGGGACUGGGCUUCCCCUGGCAAACUGUGUGACUUUGGCCAAGAGACUUACCCUCUCUGGUCCUCAAUUUCUUUAUCAAUAAAGUGAGAUUAAUAAUAUCUACCUAAUUGCAUAUGAAGUUUAGAUGAGAUCACGCAUAUCGAGUGCUCAGCGUGUGCCUGGUGAGCCCUCAGUAAACGGUAGUUAUUAUCAUUACCAUUUGCAGAGAAGAAGGGAAUGUGCACAACGUGUAGACAUCAGGAGCCAGUGUAGACUUGAGGUUGGCAUCCAAGCACUGUAUUAUUAGCACUUCCCAAAUGCAGGUCAAUGGACCCAGCUGGGCUGGUGGCAUCAGACUCUCCUGGGAAGUUUUCAAAGCGCAGUGUCCUAAAAUACCCCCAGAGAGGUCUGGGAUGGUCUGAAAUGUGAAUAAGCCAAGCCAAGUAAUUCUAAAGUGCAGAAGGGCUUAGCUUUUUGUUUUUAAACAAGUUAUCAAGGACUGGAAAGGUUGGAAGAUGGCCCCGAGAAGGUGGGGUGGCAAGCCAGGAAUUAGCUGGGUAAGACGAAAGGGCAAGGGUAUCUCAGGCAGAAGGCAUGGUGCAGGCAAAGUUCCAUAGGAAAGAAGGAGGAAGAUGUGGUCCCAAGAACCUGGAGGAGGCUAGCCUGGCUGGAGUGAUGGUGGACGGAGUCAGAGAAUGAGGCUGGAGCUUGGUCACAGGACUUCUUGAAUUCCUACUGCAGAGCUCGCAUUCUAUCUGAUGGGCAAGUGGGAUCCACUGAUGGUUCUUGAGCAGAGGAGUGACAUGAAGAAAGGAAUGGUAAGGACAUAUUCUGGUUAAUAUGUGCAAAAGAGAAUGGAAGGGCACAUAUUGGUGGUAAGAAAGCCAGCUCGCAGCCUGUGGCAGGGUUCCAGUUCCCAGCCUGACAUGGGAAAGGCUUUUUCCACUGUGGAGGGGAAGCUGGGUGGGUGCUAGGUCAGGACUGAAGCUUGGUGGAGGCAAUGUCCCAGAUUCCUCAUUGCUGACCACAAGACCAGCCCAGCAGAGCAGCGGACUAUGUGGCAGAGGCUGGAUCUUCUAUCCAAGUCCCCAGAGCCCUGGUCAAGGCAGUGUUCAGUUCAGAGAGAGCCCAGGGGAAGGGCAGGUGAGGGUCCAAGGGACCCAGUAAGUGCCCAGGUCAGAUAACCGGCCCCAUAGGUGAUUCUGCAGAUGGUGAAAGCUCCCAAGCCACCUGCAUAUCCUCACGUUAACCCUGAUGAGAGCAGACCUGGGGUGGAGGGUAGGUGGGCAACAGCAGGCUUUGGAUGCCUGGUCUGCCAGCCUGGAGACAGGCAGGGGUCGAUUUCAUUCAUUCAUCCAUUCAUUUAUUCAUUCAUUCAUUUAUUCUGGCCACAAGCACUCUCUAAUCACCUGCUUGGUGCCAUCCCCUGUGCCAGGCACUGGGGGCAGAGAGGUGCGUCUGACCCAUGCCUAUCUAGCUGGAGACCCCCUCCCCUGGGGUAGCUGCAGAAUGAACAGUGACAGGUCAGAGUGGUCAGUGCUGGGCAGAGGGAGGCACAGUAGGGGUCUGACCCCACCUGGAGAGUCAGCAAGAGCUUCUCAGACUUGCACCGAGCUACGUCCUAAGGGUUCACUGGGGGAGAAAGGGAGAGGAGAGCAGCCUAGACAAGGGCAGGGAGCCCGGAGUCACCCCACCAUGUUUGAGGAGUGACCCAGGGGUAGGUGUGAGCAGAGCUUAGGAUAGAUGGGGAGGACGGCUAGAGAGGACACGGGUGGGUAGGUGGGGACUUGACCAGGAAGGGCUGUGGCUGCCACCCUGGAGCAAGUGGGAGAGCCCCAGUGGGCUGGAUGACAAGUACACGGCUGCAGUCUCCCGAGGAGGAGGACCUUGCAACACACAGAGCCGCCCAAAGAGAGCGGCAACAUCUGACAGGCGGAGGUCACAAUCCUUCACACAGAGAGCGCUAAAAAUCAGACAGGAAAAGAAAAGGAGUUCACUCACGGGAAAGAUCUGUGACCCCAUAAAAGAAACAAAUGAAAACAUGGUCAAUCAAAGGAAUAAUCAAAGGAACGGAAAUUAAAACAACAAGAAACCAUGUUUCACCCCGUAACACUGGCAACGUUUUACAAAGAUGAUGAUAACAGACGCUGUUGGCAGAAUGUGGAGGAACAGGGUGAUUUCUUACAUUGCUGGUGGGAAUAGAAAUGAUGCGAGCUUUUGGGGGGAGGAGUAUGGCAACAUAGGCUAAGUGCCUCAGCACGUGGGCUGCCCCAAGAUUCCGCACUUCCACACGUAGGAACCUAUCCCAAGGAAAUAAUCAGACAGGUGCACCAAGACGGACUUUGGGAAGGCUGUUUACUGUGGCAGUGUUUAUGACAGCUCAAGUGUGGAAAGAAUCUAAACAUCCAGCAGUAGGAGAUUUGUUGAAAUAACGAUGCAACAGCUCUGUGAGGGAAUGGUGUAUGGCUGUUAAAAUGGGGACCCUCCUGAUUGAAUCACACCCCCUUCCCCGACCUCUCCUUGGUAACAUAUGUGAUCAUUGCAGUUUCACAUUUACUUGUGAAUUUCUUGGAUGACUUUCUGCAUUCCCCAUCCGAUAUUAAGCCCCGUGAAGGCCAGGACUCUGCUUAUUAUGUUCAAUAUUAUGUCCUCGGUGCUGACUUUGGUUCCUGUGGGCCCUCAGCAAAUAGUUAUUAAACGAAUAACUGAG